AUGACCUCUUCAACCAUGGCUCAUCAGCAACCCAAAAUUAGGGCUGUGUUCUUCGACUUCAUGGGCACAUGCCUUAACUGGCAUGCCAGCGUUCUGAAGUGUCUGCCCUCGGCAAUUCCCAAAGACGAAGCUUCGACAUUCGCCCUGGAAUGGCGCAGGCAAUACUUUAUUGAAAUCUCCGAGCGAUAUCAUAGAGGCCUCCAACCUGAGGACGUUGACAUCACAUUUGCGCGCGUCCUCAACAAUCUCCUCGAGCAAUCUCCGAAGCAUGCCACUCAUUUCAACCCCAGUGUCAAAGCAAGUUUGAUCGAAGCCUGGCAUUCCCAGCCCGCCUGGGCUGAAGUCCCAGAAGCCAUUCAGAAUCUCCGCCAAGAUCUCGGCCUUGAAGUCUUUGUACACGCUAACGGUACAACACGACUGCAACUGGACCUUGUCCGGUUUUCGGGACUCAGCUUUAACAUGUUGUUCUCCAGUCAACUCUUGGGAGUCUACAAACCCAGUCCGGAUGCAUAUAACAAGGCUCUGGAGUUGGUCCAACUCAAGCCAGAGGAGGUAGUGUUGGUCGCUGCUCAUGCGUAUGACCUGCGCGGGGCUAAGAAGGUCGGCAUGAAAACCGUCUAUGUGCAUCGGUGGACUGACGACGUGGACGAGGAUAUGGAGAAGGUCAAGUCAGAAUUCAAUGCUUUUCUGGAAGACAUGACGGAUCUUCCCAACGUUAUAGCGAGUCUCUGA